UAAUUUAAAUGCCUUUCAACCUACGAAUUCCCCCUAUUUUCAGAGCUCCCAAUCUCCAAACUCCAUUAAAAAUUUGUGAUUCCAAAUUGCAUGAAAGCCAUGAAACCCUGCCGCAGAUCGAAGGGGAAAGCUGAGGCCAAGAAAUACCUCAAGCCUGGAGCUCUGGCACAACUGCGAGAUGCUAAGCGCAGCACCAGAUCUUCUACUUUGGCCGCUUCCCACGAGACUCGAACACGCGACCUCAACAACAUUACUGAUGCUGAUCCACAGGAAGUAGAAAAGAUGCCCUGCUUCAGCAGCAGGACGUUUGGCCCUGCUUUUCCUCAGAGAAAAAAGUUGGUAGCACACAAAGAUUUCCUCCUUGUUCCUAUCUCGCAACAAGAAAUCACUGUAAGUACACUUCAGACGGAAGAAAUCACUGGAAAUAGGAUGGCCAGGCAGGAAGUUGUUUCAAUUCCGGUGGCCACUGAAGCAGAGGAUCUUAAUAUCCUAUCUAACUCGCCUUUGUUGGAUACAUUAGCUUUGGAUAUAUUGACUGUUCAUUAGCUACUUCUCUUCUGUGCAGCAAAGAUGUGAAUAGAAUUAGGCUUAGGCUUUUUAGAAAACAAAUUUCCCCUUCUCAGUAUGCGCACAGUUUUCGUUUUUUCAGUUAAAUAUGAACCAUUUUCACAUAUCAGAUAGAGGAACUCCCAAUCCAAUGGAGAUACCAAAUUUUCCUUUCUAAGCACGCGAACAGUUUUUGCAGAUCAGAUCAAUGUGAUGUUCACAAAUAUAUUUUUUUGUGUAUCAGGAUUGAAUCUUGUUAGCCUUUUUGAUUAUUGUGAAAUAAUAUACCUUAUUUCUACUCUGUUUUGUGUUGUAAA